AUUGGAUUAUAUUAAUCCAUAACGAAAUUGUUAAAUGUAAUAAUCUUAAUUGUUGCAAUAGGAUGAUCCAACUUACACUUUUAUUUUGUUAGUGAAAAAUUUCCUUUUAAAUUGAAAAAAAUAAAAAUAGCGACAUCUCUAUAAAAAAAUAUGAGUUUUAAUAAGAAUUUUGUGACAUCAUUUAAAGAAUAUUGUAAUAUAUAUAUGUGGCACUAAAUUCAAAGGAGAGAAAGGUUAGCAUUUUAUUGAAACUUUUGACUGGUCUUCGCAAUUAGAUAGGAAUGCAUUUUAAUUUCUAUACAUGCCCUUUACCUAAUCCACAGAACAUAUAUAAUUUAAUAGGAUUAGCUAGCUAGCUAGCUAGCUAGGAUAUAACAAUAACAUGUCCCCAAAUUGAUGCUAAUUUGUUUGGUGCAUUCCCAACUCACUCCCUCCAUGUUGCCUUUUUGCCAAACUCUACACAAAUUAACCAUCGCAUGAGCAUUAAGCAAGCACGUUAAUCCAAACCAAUUAACUAUCCAAAGGGCUCGUUAUAAAUUCACAUUCGACUCUCGCUACCCAACAAUCCCAAUCAUCUGAUUACAUCAAGAUCAUGGCACGUGCCAACUUUACGCUCCUAGCACUAAUCCUCCCUCUCUUCUACACCGCCGGCGAGGCCGCCAACUCGGCUGCCUCCACGAGGUUCAUCAAGGCCUCAUGCAGCGCCACCAGGUACCCAACGCUGUGCGUGGAGUCCCUUUCCCCCUACGCCGCCACCAUCAAGCAAAGCCCCCGCCAAAUGGCUCAAACCGCCUUGUCGGUGACCCUAGCCCGGGCUGUUUCCGCCAAGACAUUUGUGAAGAAGCUGAAUAAGCUCAAGGGGUUGAAGCCUCGAGAGUACAGAGCUCUCAAGGACUGCUCCCAAGGGAUGGCUGACGGCGCCGACCGGCUCAGCAAAUCGGUCCUGGAACUCCGGCGGGUGGCCGGAAAGGACUCGUCUUGGCUCGUCAGCAAUGUGCAGACUUGGGUCAGUGCCGCUUUAACCGAUGCCAGUACUUGCUUGGAUGGCUUCGCAGGCCGGCCGUUGCCUUCGGUUACUGCAGAGGUUACCAACGUUAUGAAGCUUACUAGUAAUGCACUGGCACUGGUUAACCAGUUUGCUGCUAAGCUUUAGUCGACGGUGCACCGGCCGGCAGCCGGUGAUUGAUUUGACAAUCUGGGUUUCUGGUGUUUGAUAAGCGCAUCUCUUCUUCAUUAUAACGCUUCGGAUGUUUGUUCACAUCAAUCGCUUGAUGGUUUAGUUAAGUUCUGUAAUUUUGUUCAUGUUUCUUUAUUCUCUUUUACACAUAGCCAAUUGUAUGAUUCAUCAUUAAUGUUUCAAUAAGACCGAAAUAUAUGCAAAAUUAUAUGCUUGAGUGACAUUAGACCAAAAUUAUUUGUUUAUUAUUUAUAAACAUCACGACAUUGAAUAAAUGUUUUGCUAUAGGUCAAUUGCACACCAAUGUUGUUAUUAGGGAGAGACCAAAACUAGCUAGCUGUAUCUUGGAUCAAUGAAGUGCUUUAUUAAUUAAUAAGUAAUUUUUUUGAUAAUCAAUUAGUAAAUAAUUGAAUUAAUAUAAAGAAAAACAGGUGGACAGAAAUGAAUGAGAUUUUAGUCAAUUCAGGAUAUUAAUCAUUUUGGCACAUAUAGGGGAAAAGUCAAAGUUUGAUCUAAUUAAUUAUAGUGUAUAUUUAAUUAAAUAGUAAACUUUCCUUAUAUUCUUUUUAAUUAUACUAUAAGGAAGCAAUAUUCUUAAUUAUAGAUCAUAUUACCAUGAAAAAUAUCAUCAUAUAUAUGGUAUAUUACUUUUGA